AUGCCCAACGACGAGCUCCUCACAGACGACUAUGUGGCUGGUUUGCUGGCCCAAGAGGCCAACGACUGCUCGAUCAAAUAUUCAGCAAUGGGGUUAGAGGCCUUCAACACCAAGAACAAGCCGUCCAACGUACCAAAACCAAACACGAGGUUCCUCAGAAACAUCAUCAAGGAUACGGAUUCGCAUAACAAGGCGCUGCUGGCCAAGGAAGCGGCUGAAUCGAAGGCGAGGCUCAGGGAUCUGGAGCGCGCCGACGAUGUGAAGCGACGCAAGGCGAAUCCAUCAGAUGGAGAUGUGCGGAGGCGGCAAUUGGGCAACAUCCAGUCUAUUCUUGGUGGAUCGAGACACAAACGGGACGAUGUUACAAGAUCAGCAGACGAGAACGAAAAGUCUAGGAAUAGGGGCGACAGCGACCGCCAUUCCCGCCGAACUUCGCAUCGAGAAAAGAACCCAGACAGCGAUCAUCGCAAGGCAAGAAGGGAUUAUGGCCGAUUGUCGCGCAGCCCCGAGAGAGACGAGCGGAGGGAUCACCGCGAAGACCGACCACGGACCUCACGAAAACGACACCGCGAUGAUUCCGAGGAUAGGCACAGACAUGGUCGCCAUCGCCACAGAGACCGGUCCAGGUCACCCCGCCAUCGACGCCGUUCUCGAUCGCCUCGGGCCAAGAAGAGCAGGCACCGGAGUCGAUCUCCCUUGACUGCGGAGAAGCGCUCCCCGCGAGAUUCGCAUGCCAGAACCGACGGCGACGAUUCAGAUCCUCUAGAAGAAAUCAUUGGGCCUGCGCCACCUCCCAAGUACCGCGGCCGGGGGACUGUCGCAGGAGCCGCCAGCCUGGAUCGACGAUUUUCCGAGUCGUACGAUCCAAGCACGGAGGUGCUGCCGGAUGACGAGGGAGGAGACUGGGACGAUGCUGUGGAGGCUUAUAGGGAUCGCCAAAAGCUGCGUCAGAUGCAGGAGGAGCGAAUGAAGGCCGCAGGGUUCGCAGAUCACCAGAUUCAGAGGGCCAAUAAUAGCCAACGAGAGAAGACAGAGGAAGACGUGGUUUGGUCCAAGGCUGGGGAGGAGAGGGCAUGGGAUCGAGGCAAGAGGGACGAC